AUGAUGGGAGCCGAUACCAUGUUGCCAAAGGUGUUUUCUCUGCGUACUUUUGCCGAUCCACGAGUUCGAUGCUCAGUCAUUUGCUUCAUGGCUGCUGUUGUGGUUGCAGCAACAUCAUUUUUUUACAUUUCAUUGACCAUCUGGCAUGCUGCUCUUGUCUUCUUAAUCCUUCCCUCGUUUUUGUUGCCGAUUAAUGGUUGGAAAUUAUGGCAGUAUUCGUUGCAGUCUGUGAUACUUGGCUUAGUGUUUACUUAUUCUCUGCUUAUUGCAUAUUGGAUUCAUGAUCGUAAACUUUCUAUUUUCUUCUCUUAUAUGACCUGUUUAUCAAUGUUUCAUUACUUGGAAUUUUUUUUUACUGCUCUUACAAGCCUUGCAACACUUGAAUGUUCCUCUUUUCUUCUAGAUCAUUCUUUAAUGUAUUGGGUAGCCGCUGUUGGAAGCUGGGUUGAAUUCUUUAUGGAAUAUUUUUUAUUUCCACAAGUGAAAGUUAUUUACGUUAGCUUCUUUGGUUUGUUUAUGGUUAUUAUUGGGGAAGUUUUUAGGAAGUUAGCUAUGGUUCAUGCCGGGAGCGCCUUCACCCACGUUGUUGUCAGAUAUAGGCGAGUUAAUCAUGUUUUGGUUACUAACGGAGUUUACUCAUUAGUACGGCAUCCUGGUUAUGCGGGAUGGUUCAUUUGGUGCAUUGGUACACAAGUUUUAUUGUGCAACCCUAUUUGUGUUGUUCUUUACGCCAUUACUGCUUGGUUUUUCUUUAAAGAACGUAUUUUUUAUGAAGAACGAUUGCUUUUACAGUUUUUUGGUGAUCAUUAUCGUGUUUAUCAAAAAAACGUACCAUUGGGAAUACCAUUUAUUCGUGGUUACUCUUCGGAAACAUGA